AUGAAAACCAAAAAAAUUUGUAUUAUUGGUGGUGAAUCAACAUUUAAAACAACAAUUUCAAAAAGUUUAUCAAAAUAUUUUAAUCGCCCUUGGGUUGAGGAAUAUGCAAUUGAAUAUUUUAAAAAUAGAGAUUUUGAUAAAAAUCCAUUUUGCGAAAGUGAUUUUUUAAAUGUUGCGAAUGGUCAAUUAGAUUUAGAAAAGUUAUCAAUAGAUAGAAAUAAUAAUCCAAAUUUUUUAAUCUGUGAUACAUGUCCUUUAGUAACUUUACUUUGGAGUGAUAAAUUAAUUGGAUAUUAUUCCAAUGAAUUACUAAAAAUUGCAAAAGAAAGUAAAUAUGACUUAUAUCUAUUUUUAGAUUAUAAAACUAAAUGGGUAAAUGACGAACUUAGAUUAAUUCCAGAAGAAAAAGAAAGAGAAUUAUUUCAAUCUAAAUUAAUUGAAAAAUGUAAAGAAUUUGAAAUAGAAUAUAAUUUAUUGGAUGGUUCUUAUGAAGAUAGGGAAAAGAAAGCAAUUAAAAUAAUCCAAGAUUUUAUUGAAAAAAUUUUAAAGUGA